GCGGGCGGGUGGAGGGCGCUGGCGUAGCGGAGGCAGGCGGAGGAAGUGCGCACGCGGGACGGGGGUAGAUAAUUUCCGGUAGAUUUGACAGAUCAACCCCUCGAACCUUCGAUAAUUCCGAGCCCACCCCGUCCCGUACCUCCGAAGCAACAACGGCUCGUUUCCUCUCUCGCUCGCGUCGCGCUCCCACCCAAAAUCCUCGACAUCUCAGCGCCACCGCCACCCCCUCGCUCGCGCAAGCUUCGAUCCUCCCGACACGGCGAGGCCACCGCCACCGGAGGCGAGCCCGAGAUGCGGCCCAACGUCUUCACGGAGGCUGGAAUCUCAACUAGGUUGAAUCAGUGGUGGAGCAGCAUCCCGUUCGUUACUUCUGGUGUUAUCUUGAUAUGCGGAGUGAUCUAUUUGGUAUGCCUGUUGACUGGCUAUGACUCCUUUGAAGAGAUAUGCUUCUUGCCUUCGAAGGUAGCGUCACAUUUCCAAGUGUACAGGUUCUAUACAUCUGUUGUAUUUCAUGGUUCUUUGCUUCAUGUGCUGUUCAACAUGUUGGCCUUGGUACCCUUGGGCACUGAGUUGGAAAGAAUUAUGGGAUCAGUCCGUCUCUUGUUCUUGAUGUUUCUUCUUGCUACGACUAAUGCGAUUUUUCAUCUCAUCAUUGCUUUCUUGGUGGCAUACAAUCCGCUGUAUCAUGUUCCAUUUAUUGUGGAUGAAUGUUCCAUUGGUUUUUCUGGAGUUAUAUUCUCAAUGAUUGUCAUUGAGACAAGCCUGAGUGGAGUGCAAUCUCGAAGUGUCUUUGGCCUCUUUAAUGUUCCUGCAAAAUGGUAUGCGUGGAUUUUGCUGGUUCUUUUUCAGUUUCUGGCAAGCAAUGUUUCAUUGCUGGGGCACCUGUGUGGCAUCUUGUCUGGGUUUGCAUAUACUUAUGGCCUGUUCAACUACUUGCUUCCUGGACCAUCAUUUUAUUCUUCUAUCGAAGGCUUGUCAGUGCUAUCUGUUUGUGUGAGGCGUCCUGGCUUUAUUCUGUGUACUGGAGGGACUACAUAUGGCCAGCUUCCUACAUACUCUAAUACAUCUAGCACACCAAGUGCUCUGAUUAAUGGAAAUUUCUUAAGAAAUAUUUCUUCAUGGAUGCCAAGUAGGCAAACAACUACCACCACCACUCAGGAACAAGAUCCCAGGUUUCCAGGGAGAGCACGAACACUUGGUUCUGCUGGAACUGAACCAACUGCAAGGGAGGCAAGUGCAAAUUUGCAUGCUAGCUUGUUGGAUAACACAACUCCAAGUGAUCCACUAACGAGUUCACAAAAUCCAGCAGCAAACACAAUCAGAGCUGAUGCAACAGUAGCAGCUGACCAGGUUGAUACAUUUGAUGAAGAACUUAAGAAGCUGGUUGGGAUGGGCUUUGAAAAGACUCAAGCUGAAGUUGCUCUUGCUGCUGCCGAUGGAGAUCCAAAUGUUGCUAUCGAGAUUCUCAUGAGCCAGCAGGGUUGAUCAAGCUACGGAGGUUCAAUUUCAGGGUGUAGAUGUUGGUUAGUAAAAUCCAAGACUGGAGCAAUUCUGGGUGAUUGUUUUUUUUUCUUUUGCCAACAUGGUUAUGUGAAAGAUGUCCUCAAUCAUGCUUUUGUGAAGGUCAAAACUACAGACUACAAUGACAUAGUGCAAUUUAACAAUAUUGUCCCUUGAUAUAUGUAUAGCAGUAAGUGAUGCUCGAGGCGCUCA